GUGUAGGUUUCACGGCUAGGUGUCUAUAUCAGGAGCACCUCCCCUCCUAGACAAACUAAUCUAGACGACACAAUCCAUCUCACAACAGUCAGCCAAACCUACAUAAAUAUAUUGCAAGCAAGAUCCAAGUUUUCUCUCAUAUCCUCGGCUACACAUACGCAUAUCCCAAGACCUCUUUAAAUCCAGCAAAGAUGCCUCACCGUGAGCGGCAAAGCAGGAGGCUGGUUAUCUGCGACGAUUGCAUCCGUUGCGAGAGCUCGCAUCGCCGCGGGCGGCACUCUCAGCUGUGCCCUUCCUCGACGCGGAGGGAGCAACAAGAGCGGCGGUACCGCGACGACCAACCAGGGCGCCACCAGCCUCGCUACCAAGGCGAUGGACGAGAGAGCCUCGUAGGGCUGAUCGGUAUCUUUUGCAAGGCGGCAUUCGGAACCGUCUUCGGCCACGAGACCACCGGCCGCCCGAGGCACCGGAGCCGCAGCCGCAGCAGAACAGCAUCGCCUUAUAUCACGGGCUGGAUCAUACAGCCUAUUACCGUCGGGCGCCAGAGCAGUAUGAUGGGCGCAGUCACCGCCGUCAUAGCCGUCCACACUCCAGAGAGAGCGGAAGACGGGCCGCGGCCGAAGAUCUUCGCACCCAUGGGAGAUAUCCCUGGGCUCACCCACCAGAGGACUAUUACUCGGCCGCCGGAGCGCACGUACCGUAGUUCAGCCGGUGCCACCGUCGCCAAGCUCACUAUCGCCAAGGACACCAUCGGCGAGGCAACCAGCGCCGAGGAAGCCAUCAUCAAGACGGCUGCUACUGGCGGCGCCUGCGGAUUCGGCCCGUCCGUCGUGGAGCCAAUCCGAAGCUAA